CCGCACGGGAGGAGCCGGGAGAGCUGGGAAACCAGGAAGACACUGGCGGCGGCGCGCGCGCGCACGUACGCACGCAGCCCGGCCGGCGGACGGCAGGCGCGCGCCCGUCUCGCCCCGCCCCGCGCCGCGCCGCGCCAGAGGCUCGGGCACUCGGGUUCGGCUGCGGCGGCGGCGGCUGCCGUGGGAGUCUGUGCGCUGCGCUACACUCCCCGCCGCGUUUGCGGCGCCCGCUCGCCGCCUUCCUCCUCUCGGCCUCGGCGCCGGACCCCGGCAGCCUCCGCCCGGCCCUGCGGGGGCCGAGAGGACUCGGCGGCUGCCCUUCCGCUCGACCCUCUGGGAGAGGUCUGUGUGCCGCGGCGGCGGCGGCUCCUCCUCCGGCUCCAUUAUGUCCGCGGGCGGAGACUUCGGGAAUCCGCUGAGGAAAUUCAAGCUGGUGUUCCUGGGAGAGCAGAGCGUUGGAAAGACAUCCUUAAUCACCAGAUUCAUGUAUGACAGUUUUGACAACACCUAUCAGGCGACAAUUGGCAUUGACUUCUUAUCAAAGACAAUGUACUUGGAGGAUCGAACAAUCAGGCUGCAGCUGUGGGAUACUGCGGGUCAGGAACGUUUCCGCAGCCUCAUUCCCAGCUACAUCCGAGACUCUGCUGCAGCCGUGGUAGUUUACGACAUCACAAAUGUUAACUCAUUCCAGCAAACUACAAAAUGGAUUGAUGAUGUCAGAACAGAAAGAGGAAGUGAUGUCAUCAUCAUGCUAGUAGGAAAUAAGACAGAUCUUGCUGAUAAAAGGCAAGUGUCAAUUGAAGAGGGAGAGAGGAAAGCCAAAGAGUUGAACGUUAUGUUUAUUGAAACCAGUGCAAAAGCAGGAUACAAUGUGAAACAGCUUUUCCGACGCGUUGCUGCAGCUUUGCCUGGGAUGGAAAGCACACAGGACAGAAGCAGAGAAGACAUGAUUGACAUUAAACUGGAAAAGCCUCAGGAGCAACCAGUUAGUGAAGGAGGCUGUUCCUGCUAAUCUUCCCCUGGCAUCUUCAACCCUUCUGCGGAAGCUCACUGCUUUGGCCCCCAUAUUCUUUCAUUGACUACGGUGUGAAUAUUGGCUUGAACCUUUUCCCUUCAGUAAUAACGUUGCAAUUCAUCAUUGCUGCCUGUUUCAUGGAGAUGAUCUAUUAUUAGCUUCACAAGCACAAAAAAAAGUCAGUGUCUUCAUUAUUUAUAUUUUUUAAAAGCCAAACAAUUCAGCAUAUUCGUGAUAACUCUGAGGAUUAGAUACAUUUUCUUAACAUUUUUUCCCUUUUUAAUGUUAUGACAAUGUGCUUUAAAAUGAUGAGACUCAGCAGCGUGAGUGCGGCUUGUGAAGAAGCAGUGUGUUCACAGCAGAAUUUGCCUUCCUUCUCCCACCCCCUGUUCAUACCCUCCCCAAACAAACAAGAGAGGUGGCAAACAACAGUCCAGCCAAGCCCUUUGGAAUUAUCCUUAGUUUUACAGAUACCGUUAGCUCCAGGCCAUGAGCCACAAUGUACAAAAUUAUUCUUGAGCACUGAUAUAAAGUACUUAGACCUUCUUUGAGGUCACAACUCAGCUAUUACUAUCACGAUGAGCAGUGCUUAAAUGAGGGAAGAGUUCUGUUGUGUCUUCAGAAUGAGUUCUAAUGAAUUUACUGAGUGUUUACAGGUAAAGGAGCAUAAAACAUUUAUGACCAGAGCAGGUGAUCCUUUCACAUAAACUUUACUAGACUCUGGGAGAGAAAAGUAGCCAAAUACUUCAGAACUGUUUUUCAAUAUUUAUUUCAUCAUGGAGAAUUUACAAAAGUUCAAACAGUUCUCCCCAAAUUUUUGAAUUGUCAAAAUAUUGUCUUAAAAAAUCAACACCUUUUAAAGCAAUAACAGCUCUAAAGACCCAACAUUUUAAAAAUACUUAAAAAAGCAUAAAUUUACAUUAUAGUGACUUGUUUUCAGUCUCUCCUUUCCCUCUCACUGCAUGCUUUCUCUGGUCUGCCUCUAGAGGCUUGCAGGAGGACCACUUCCAUAAUCAUCAAAUGUGACCUCAAACAUCCAGAGAGGGGUAUUUGCUAUUCUUUAAAAGUUCUUUUGUUGGUAAACUCUUAAAGCACUUGGGUUUCUUUUCAUAAAAAUGCUAUGAAGACAAGGCAUUGUAAAAACCAGUUUCCUUUAAGAACCAACAGAAAAAUAUAAAUUGAAAACUUGAGGAAAAUUGCUGUAUCUAGUAGAAAGUUUAACAACAAAAGAACCCUCACAGAAUAGCAAAUACCCCUCUCUGGACGUUUGAGGUCACAUUUGAUUAUGGAAGUGGUCCUCCUGCAAGCCUCUAGAGGCAGACCAGAGAAAGCAUGCAGUGAGAGGGAAAGGAGAGACUGAAAACAAAAGCCACUGUAAUGCAAAUCGAUGCCUUAUUUUUUAGGAUUUUUAAAAUGUUGGGUCUUUAGAGCUGUUUUUGCUUUUUAUUAGAUCUAUAUAAAUAAGUUAACUAGCAGUUUAGUUUUGUAUUUAAGCUACAAUUAAUCUUUUUUUCUUUGGUGAUAUUUAUUUCUUUGCCUUUUUUUAAACUUUGAAUUUGUAGGUGUUUUGUUGAGUAUUUAGAGCUUCAUCACCAUGGCCAAUAUGCAUUUCCCUUGAAACAUUGCAAACAAAUAAUACUAGGAGUGCACCCUUUUAAUCUUUACUAGUUAUUGUGAGAUUGCUGUGUAAGUUAAUAAACACAUUUGUAAAUACAUUGUUUGCAGGGAAAACAUUUUGAGUUCUAGCUCAAAAGAAGCCUACUGAGUUUAUAUUGUAAGCAUUACUUAACACAGUAUAAAGAUGAAAGACAACAAAAAUAACUUCAUACUUCCUCACCUCCUCAUUGCAACAAAAUCCUUAACUUGGAAAACCUGACUCCUUCUCUUCCUUUCCUCCUCUUCCUCUCAAUUACUGCCACCUUGUAGUACUUGGAGAGCACUUGGAUUAUGGAUCUGAAUAGAGAAAUACCUUGAGAUAAUCAUUAGCCCACAUACCCUGUAACGUAUAUUCAAAUAUGGGAUGGAGUUGUAAAGUGCUUUUAUAAUACAUGUUAUUGUUAAAAGCAAGGAUUGACUCUUCUGUUUUAUUUUGACAUGGCAUGUCCUGAAAUAAAUAUCAGUUCAAUAUGA